CUCGUCAUUUCUGUUCUGUCAGUCAAAGCGAAAGGAUCAAUUUCAAUUUUUCUCUCAAUUAAAUCCUUUGUUAAUUGUUUUUGCAGCAAAAAUGAGAAAUCGCCACUUUUUAAAAGGUCUUUUGACGUGGUUCGAAACCCAAACGGAUUGCAACGUGUACUUUUGGUGUCCAGAUUCCGUAAAUCCUGCCCAAAAAUGGCAAAUUGGAGCUCACAAGAAUAUUCUUUCAAUGACGAGUGAUGUUUUUAAAGGGAUGUUCUAUGGUCCAUUGGCUCAUAACACUGCUCAAGCGAUCGAAGUUACGAUGGAUUAUUCGACUUUUAAGAUGCUUUUGACUUUUAUUUACGGAGGAAAAAUUUGGUUCGAUAACAUCGAAGUUGCUCGUGAUUUUUUCGCUGCUGCUAGUUACUAUGCUUGCAAAGAUGCAAUGAAAUACGUCAUGAAGUAUUUAUGGAACAAUUUAAACCGCGAAAAUUCGAUUGUUUGUUGCGAAAUUGGGCGUUUGUACUGUUAUGAUGAGCUGAAAAACGCUGCUUGGAAGGUAAUUGGUCGAGACCAAAAGAUCUUAGAACGUCCGAAAUUUCUCACAGCAAGUCCGGAUUUUGUUGUCGAAUUGUACCAAACGCAAAAGUUUACAAGUGUGCAGACGGAAAAGGAGAUUUUGGUCGCUCUCGAGCGUUAUGUCACCCACAAUUUGGCAAGAGAUCCGAACAUAAUGGCAAAAAUUCGUCCUGCUAUUCAAAGUAUUGCCUUUUUGACGUUGAAAAUUGAGGAUGUUCAGAAAACAAUCCUUCUGACUGCUCAUGAAAAGGCUGGAAUUCUCAUGAAUUUGAGAGCAAAUAAGGAUUUCAUGCCUGAGGGAUUCUCAAAGCGUUCGGUACCUAUCGAAAUGGUUCAAGGAGUCUCUCGAAUGUUUGUUGACACCUUAUAUCGAGGCGAUGGUUACGACGAAUAUGAUGAAGAUAGCGAUGAUUAUUACUCCGAAGAUCAAUAUGAGAAUGAAUAUUAUUGAGAUGAUGAAGAAUUUCAAGCCAGCAAGUGAAAAAACUUUCACAAAAGAUUAUUUUUAAGACAAUUUUUGAUAAAAAUUUAUGCUUUAAAUACUUGAAAAUUACUUCAAAAUGAAGAAAAUUAAUUAUUUUUUGAAAUAAAUGCCUGAAGAUUAAAUUU